AUGUCUUCUAACAAGUUCGAUUCUCAGGCUUCUACCAACUAUAAGGAGGCUUUUGCCCUGUUCGACAAGCGCGGAAACGGCCGUGUCACUGUUGACAGUCUCGGUGAUCUUCUCCGCGCCUGCGGCCAGAAUCCUACCCUCGCCGAGAUCCAGGACCUCGAGAAGAAUGUUGGCGGCGAAUUCGAUUUCGAGACAUUCCAGCGUGUUCUGAAUCGCCCAGGCGGCUUCCGCGACCCCGGCGAGCCUGAGGAAUACUGCCGCGGUUUCCAAGUGUUUGAUAAGGAUAUGACGGGUUUCAUCGGCGUCGGUCAGCUCAAGUACAUCCUGACAAACCUGGGCGAGAAGAUGACCGACGAGGAGGUCGAUGAGCUUCUCAAGGCCGUUGACACCAGCUCAGGCCAGGUCAACUACACCGGAGACAUUCCACCUCAUCAGUCAUCAUUCAAGCUGGCUAAGCGUGCUUCCUCCCGCCGCAAGCCCCUCCUCCUCCUACUCUCCUUCUUCAUCCUCCUCGCCGCCGUCAUUCUGGCUUCCUCACGAGCUUUCUCUCGACUCGGUUCUAUAGUGAAUCACUUUAGAUUCCAAGCUCCACGAACCAUUCUAUCACGAAGACAGCUCGUCACCAGCACCAUGGCUCCAGACAAGUAUCUCAACCCUCCCCAGGCGCCGCCUCUGUUCACCGCCACCCCCGACUCGAUCGCUGCCGAAACCAAGAAGCUCUGUGAUGCUACCAAGAGUGUACUUGACACUGUGGCGGCCAAUGCCUCUGCUGAUAAAGCUUCCUUCGCCAACGUACUCGAGCCUAUCCUCAUAGAUGAGAACCUGGCUGCCACGCAGAGACGCAUCUUGACCUUCUAUCACCAUGUUUCCACAAACAAGGAGUUACGGGAUGCAUCCACCGAGUCAGAGAGAGUCUUCAAUGACUUUGGUAUCGAGUGCAACAUGCGAGAAGACAUCUUCAACGCCGUGGAUGCUGCCUAUGGAAACCGAGCGUCCCAGGAUCUCACCAAGGAGCAGUCACACGUCCUUGAGAAGGAACGACAGAAGUACAUUCGAAACGGUCUGCGUCUACCCGCUGGGCCCAAGCGAGAUAGAUUCAAAGAGAUCCAGAAGCGUCUGAGCGAGCUCGAGAUCAAGGCGCAGACAAACCUCAACGAGGAGAAGGGUGCCAUCUGGUUCACCCCCGAGGAGCUGAAGGGAGUUCCUGCUGACGAUAUUGAUAUCGACUCUCUGGAGAAGGGCACUGGUGAGAACGAGGGUAAAGUUAAGCUUUCCUUCAAGUAUAACCAUUACUUCCCUCUCAUCAAGUAUGCCAUUGACGCCGAUACCCGCCGAAAGUACACUAUUGCGGAGUCUAACAAGGCCAACGUCAACGUGCCCAUCUUCCAAGAGAUCAUCACUCUUCGAGAUGAAGCUGCUCGACUCCUUGGGUACGAUAACCAUGCAGCUCUACGCAUUGAGGAGAAGAUGGCCAAGACCCCUGCUACCGUUCGAACCUUCCUAGAUGACCUUAGAACCCGACUGGCCGAGGGUGGUGCCAAGGAAAUCAACGCUCUCAAGGAGUACAAGAAGAAGGACUAUGAGGAGCGCGGUCUCUCAUUCGACGACAGCUUUUACAUGUGGGACACAUCUUUCUACUCGCGAAUUCAGAAAGAGAAGGAGUACAGUGUCGACGAGGCCAAGAUCUCGCAGUACUUCCCUGUCGAGUCGACUUUUGCUGGCAUGCUCAAGAUUUUCGAGGAGAUUUUCGGUUUUGUGUUUGUUGAGCUUAAGCCGGAGGAGCGAGCCAGACUCAGUCCUACUGGAAAGGCCGAGGAUAUUGUAUGGCAUGAGGAUGUUCUGAUUUACAGUGUGUGGGACGAUGAGGCUUCGGGCUCUAGCUUCAAUGGCUACCUGUACUUGGACCUUCACCCUCGUGAUAACAAGUACGGCCAUAACGCCAAUUUCAACCUCGAGCCCGGUUAUGUCACUGAGAAUGGCAAGAAGCAUUACCCUGUCACUGCCCUUGUCUGCAACUUUAGCAAGCCAACCCCCAAGAAGCCGUCUUUGCUGAAGCACCACGAGGUCGUAACUCUGUUCCACGAGUUGGGACAUGGUAUCCACGACUUGGCUGGCCGUACCCGUUACAGCUACUUCCACGGAACCUCGACGGUGCUUGAUUUCGUCGAAGCUCCAUCUCAGAUGUUGGAGAACUGGUGCUGGACCCCCAGCGUUCUUAAGUCGCUUUCUAAGCAUUGGGAGACACAGGAGCAAAUUCCUGACGAGCUCAUUGAGAAGCUGGUUUCCACCAAGCGCCUCAACUCGGCCAUUGGCGCACUGGGACAACUCACCAUCGGCCUGUUUGACAUGACCGUGCACACACCCGAGUCUCAUGAAGCUGUUAAGAAGCUUAACGCUGGCCGAGUCUGGAACGAGCUCCGACACGAAAUUUCUGGCACCAAAGGCCCCGAGGAUCUCGGAGAGGGACUGGAAUGGGGCAACCGACAUGCUGGUAUUGGCCACUUCAUUGGUGGAUACGAUGCUGGCUACUACGGCUACCUCUACUCCGAGGUGUUCUCGCUCGACAUGUUCCACUCGUUCUUCGCCAAGAACCCCAUGGACGGCAAGGAGGGUCGCCGAUAUCGCCAUACCGUUCUGGAGAGAGGAGGAAGUAUUCCCGAGCUGGAGUUCCUCAGGGAGUUCCUGAGCCGUGAGCCUAGCUCAGAAUCAUUCUACAAGGAGCUGGGACUUUCUUCGGCUGCUUAG